ACUCUCAAGCAGGGCCAAGCCAAGAGUAAACUCUAUAUCCUCCAUGUUUCUUUUUUUCUUCCUCUGCUUAUUUCGCUGGUGCCGUUCUCUACUCUUCUCCUCUUUGUCGAUUGCAGAAGUGAAUGUGAGCUAGCAAGCAUAUAGCAUGGCAGAAUCAACAGAGGCAUGGCCGGUGGGACUCAGAUUCAAACCGACGGAGGAGGAACUCGUCCAUCAUUACCUGACAAAAAAGCUUAGAGGAGAAUUGGAAACUAUUUCCUAAUUCCGGAGCUGUACAUCUACAACUGGGAGCCUCUGGAUUUGUUUCUCCUAUACGAUGCAUUAUCAAGUAUACCCUCAGAUGGACGCGAGUGUUUCUUCUUUUGUCCUCGUGGUCGUGAGAGGAAGACCGAGCAUGGAUUUUGGAAAGAGACAAGUAAAAAACGUGUUAUACGAGCACCGGACACCAGUAAGCCAAUAGGGACCAAGAGGAUUUUGGUUUACUAUGAAGGUCGACAACCACAUGGCCACAAGACUGAUGUGGCCAUGCACGAAUAUCUCCUAAACUUGAAUGUUUCAGAUGGUGAAAUUUCAGACCCGACGGCGUUGGCUCUCUGUCGCUUUAUUAACAGGAAAGGUAAGAAAGAACAGUUAGCAACAGCGAGUACAUCAACAGAUUCAAGCGGCCCUAGCAAUCUGAAUGAUAACGAAAACGAAGAAACACAAGAAAUUAGUACGCAGGCAUCUACAGGAUUUACUAUGGAAUCCGACCAUUUGAACGAGAUGUCGAAUUCUAAUUUAUCAGACCAGAAUGUGCCCACUCCUGAUCAGCAACCUCAAAUGAGUGAAGAGCAACUUUUGUCGCAUGAUCAGCAUUGGCAUUUUGAUGAACCUAGCGAUGGACAUUAUCAUAUGCCAUAUUCUCCAAACGGCUAUAUUGAUCUCUCGGAUCUCUUCAAAUUCGAUGAGAACAAGGAUUAGUGUGCCAAAGUGUGAUUACAUUAUGCUGCAAAGAUUAGUUGUGAAUUGUGAUAAUGGUUUGCCAAUGUUUGAGGUCCUUCGUAGAUAUUAAUCUCAACCUUGCUUAUUAUGUCAGUGAUAAUGUUGUGUAUUGAUUAUGCUUCUCCUAGGAGAGGACAUUAUAUCAAUCUUGCACACUUUUAUAUUGUACUAUUAUUUUUCUUUCCCAACAUUUGUAUAUUUAUCUUGAUUUUAUCUACUUAACACUGGUCAUGUAUCACAAAACU